UGAGAAGACAGAGGUGGAGAAAGAUCCCCAAUCAUUUCCCGUACCAUCAAAGAAGGCUCAUGGGGAGCUGGAGAUGGCGACAACACCAUGAAGCUGCACCCCUGGCUGGCAACAGGGAGGGAGUGGGGAGCCUGACGUCACCCUGAAGACCCUGCAGAGCCAUGACGUCAACGGUACAGACCCUGCGCUUUCCUCUGCUGCCGCAUGCACCCGGCCAGGACCAGGACCACAGCUGUGACCAGGAGAUUGAGCGGCGGUACCAAGUGGUGCCCUCAGUCGUUUGUGCCAUGUGCUGCCUCUUUGGGAUCAUCUACUGCUUCUUUGGCUACCGUUGCUUCAAGGCAGUGAUGUUCUUGACAGGGCUCAUGUUUGGCUCCGUGAUCAUCUUCAUGCUGUGCUACAAAGAGCGAGUGCUGGAUACGCAGCUGAGUGUGGAGGCCUCCGUGGGCAUCGGCCUGGGUAUCGGGGUGCUCUGUGGGCUGGUCACCAUGCUGGUGCGCAGCGUCGGGCUUUUCAUGGUGGGGCUGCUGCUGGGGCUGCUGCUGGCCGUGGCCACGUUGGUGGUGAUGGAGCAGUUCUACCACCCACCCACUGUCUGGAUCCCUAUCGGCUUGCUGCUGGGCGUGGGUAUGCUGUGCGCUGUGCUUACUUUGCAGUGGCAGCGCCUCUUCACCACACUGUCCACCGCUGUCUUUGGCAGCGCUGUCAUGACAGCCACUGCCGACUAUUUCGUUGAGCUCUUCCUGCUGCUGCAGUAUGUCUAUGAGCGCGUCAAGGUGGCACCGGCCAGGCCCAUCUGCUGGUACAGCUGGGUCAUCCUAGGUACUUGGCCUGUCCUGGCAUUGUUGGGCGUCCUGGUGCAGUGGAAAGUCACAGCCGAGGGAUACUCGCACACAGAGGUGAUUAUCAGUCGGCAGCAACGCCGUGUCCAGCUAAUGAGGAUAAAGCAACAUGAAGAGCGCAAAGAGAAGAAGAAGAAGCGGCGACCGCAUCCUCACCCACACCUGCAGCAUAAGGCCCACCCGCCAGAGCCUGCCUACCGCCGCAAGCCAAACCCUGUGCGCCGUUUCGAUGGAGAUGUCCUCUCCCCGAGCUACAUCCAGAGCUUCCGGGAGCGGCAGACGGGCUCCUCUCUCAACAGCCUCCUGGCCAGUGCUCAUGCCGCCAUCGACAUGGACUAUGACUGUGGCUCCACCGUGCCCCUGACGACAGGCUCCGGCCCUGCCAUGCGGGUAUAGUCCAGCAUCUGCCACAAGGACACUGUCUUCCACGGUCACAUGGAUCUGGUUCUGUGGAUAUCUUCGCAACUGUGCUGCCAUCCGGACUCGCAGAUACUCUUCCCUGGCAUUUGUGGGUUUGGCCUGGACCUGCAGAUGCAGUCCAGCAUCUCUCGACAUGCACAUGUUGUUAUAUGUGGAAUUCUUCCCCAGUGCUACAUUGGCUCUCACAAAGCUACCAUGGAACAAGGAGCGAGGGAGGCAUGUGAGCAUGUGCUUGGGGGGCAAAGGGCUGAAGAGAGACCUGGUUGCACAACCCAUCUAGGCAGGGACUGUGGAAUGCAGGACUCCAGAGGGAGGCCAGAAAGAUGAACAGUUGAUCAUCUGUGCCCACCUUCAUGAAAAUGACAAGAAACUGCCAACAUUCCCCGUACACCUCCACUGGAGCAGCCCAAAGACUGGGUGUUCCUGUGGUCUCUUGCCGCAUGAUGGACCCAGUUCUUGUCCUGGAACUUGUCUUUUCUGUGAACUGACCUCAAGGACUGUCUUAGGGGCAUGAGUGCCAUUCUGUACUGAUGGCGGCAGGAUUGGAUUCAGCUCACUCCAGUCUGGCUGGAGCUAGCCAGCUCAGGGAAAUGGGGUCCUCUGGCCCUGGGCCCCUAGCCCACACCAGUGCCUGGCAUUCUGUUUAAAUGGGCAGCUGAAGGAGGGAGGGGGGAAAGGGUGGGCACGGGCACCUGGGCCACCUGGGUUGGGCUGCGCAGCUGUCACAGUGAGUGUGCAAGCGUGAGUGUGUGUGGUGGAGCUGGGGCGCAUGUGGACAUUCUGGCCGGCAUCCGGGCAGCAAGCCUCUCCCCUCCCCCUCCCCCGUGUCCCCCGCUCCUCGUCCUGGAGUGGGUGGGGAAUACCCAUGUACAUAUUCUUGUUGCCGUUAUUUGUAUUAAUUUAUUAUCGACAAAGACAUGGGCCUGAGGAGCUCUGCUGGACUGUCAGAAGUAGGAAUACAGAGAGGAGAGCAGACUCCCUUCCCCACAGGCCCCGACCGGUGCUUGCUUUCUCUUCCACCUGUCCUCACAGAGCUGCAGGUUGAACACGUGCAGGGAGUAAGAGGUGUUCACCUGCAUAGCCGUGUGUCAGAGGUCGUGGUUUUGCUCACCUGCCACCCCUCUGAGGGAUGUCAUCCCCAUCGUUAAAGGGACCGGGGGGGGGGGAAUCUAUGAAAGGAAUGGGAUUGGGAGAGGAUCCAGCACAGCUCUGCAAGGCCUUUCUUCCAUGGGGAAACUGCAUGUUUCUAUCACCAAUUGCCACUGUUGUCGCCACAGAAAAACGUUGCACUCUUGGUUUUUGUUUCUGUUUUGGUUAUGUCUCUUUUUUGUAUAUGUGCCAAACGCUGCCGGGCUGCGGCUGCGCAAGUAAAAAAAAGAGAGAGAGAGAG